AUGUGUGCUAAGUUUGGUCCGGAUCGGUUAAGAAAUGGAAUUUUCUGUUCGGAACAUACGGCGGAGCCGGACGAUUUAGCAGAUACAGCCUGUGCAUGCAUCAAAAGGUGUAUUUGUCGGAGAUGUUCGGCGGGACCUCCCAAUUCCGGCGACAUAGUUGCCCACCCUAUUCAAAGAAAGCCUUUACGUCAGUUCGACAAGAAUGAGAAAUUUCAAACUUACCUUCUUGUUACUUACCAUCUUAGUGAUUCUCUCUGCUGUUGACGUAGCUGAAGGCAACGUUAUCGGAAAAAUUGGAAAUGUUAUCGGAAAAGUUGGAAAAGCAGUUGGAGAACGUAUGGUAAAUCAGUUCAAGAAACUUCCGGAAGCUCUCGACCAAACUCGUAGAGUGAUAAAAAUUGCCACGGGACUAGGACUGUAGUAAGAUGUUCGAUGUCUCUCGUGCUCGAUUGUCGAUAAACGGCAUUGUGAU